AUGCCUACUUUGUCCGUUGCUACUUUAGCUGCGUUGCAAUCAUUCAAGCAAGAAGAGCAAGAAAGAAUUGAGAAGUUUCAAAAGUUACAUAAGAGUGCUGAAGAAGCAUUUGAAAGUCGUAACAAUUUAACAAUUGAUGAUUUUAAAGAAGACUGGCAACUAUCACAAUUUUGGUAUGCCGAUUCCACAGCCGAUACAUUACUGGAUGCAUUACUCGAGGGCGCAACAGAAGACACAGUCGUAUGUAUCAUGAGUGCACCAUCGGUAUAUGCAAUUAUCAAUAAGCGUGAUCGUUCAACCUUGCCAACAAAGCACAUCUAUCUUUGUGAAUAUGAUAAAAGAUUUGAGCUACUUUCAGGCAAGGAUCAUUUCGGAUUUUAUGACUAUAACGAACCAGAAAAUAUUCGAGAUGAUUUGAAAGGUAAUGUGGACAGAUUAUUAAUUGACCCGCCAUUUCUUGAGGAAGAAUGCCAAUUCAAGUCUUCACAGACUGCCAAAUUACUUUUGAAAAGUGCAGCUUCUAAGUUAAUCACAUGCACAGGUGAACGGAUGAAAGAUAUUGUUUUGAAAAAUUAUGAAAAAGAAGGUGUUCAAGUCACCAACUUCUUUCCUGAACAUAAAAAUGGUCUUUCCAAUGAAUUUAGAUGUUAUUCUAACUUUGAUUGUAAGCUAUGGGAUAGGGUAAAAGACUGA